UCCAAACCCAUGUAAGUCCAAAAGAUUUAUAAAAGCCUCAAGUAGGAAAAAAAACUUCUCCACUUCUCAUACCCGAACCCGAACGAAAACCAUCAGGAAUCUUCAAAUCACAGUUCGCAGCCAUGGAUUUGGGCAAGAGAGCUGUGGUUUUGAUGUUGGCGAUGGCGUUGUUUCGGAUGAUAGAUGCAGCUGUAUACAAAGUUGGGGACUCAGCUGGUUGGACCACCAUUGGCAAUGUUGACUACAAACAGUGGGCUGCUACUAAGACCUUUCAAGUUGGCGACACUAUUGUUUUUAAGUACUCUCAGUUUCACAACGUAAUGCGAGUAACACACGCCAUGUACAAGGCAUGCAACGCCUCUGCCCCUUUGGCAACCUAUACCACAGGCAACGAUUCAAUCACCUUAAAAACUCGUGGCCACCACUUCUUUUUCUGCGGUGUCCCUGGCCACUGCCAAGCUGGGCAGAAGGUUGACAUUAACGUGCCUCGUAACGAAGAAGACAUGGCUCCAACUCCUGCUUCUUCUUCUUCUCCUCCUUCUACGCUCUCUCCUCCAGUUCCAGCCGCCAGAGUACCAGGCCCUUCCCCCAGUAGUGCCAUUUUAUUCAAGCCUUUUGGUAAGCUUGCUCUGACAGUUGCUGUUCUGGGAACUUUCGUAUUCAAUUUUGCUUGAGUAGAAGUAGAAGUGUGCUUGGUGAAACUUUGAGAGGGCUCAUGAGUUGGGUCGAUUAGUAAUACAAUAAUUGUAUUAGAUCUUGAUCAAGUGUAUUGAUGAGAGCUGCUAAAGGGAUUUCCAUUAUGUUC